UCUAUCCUCAAGACCAAGUUGCAGAUAGUCCACUUUCACUCUUCCACUUUCCUCCUAACGUUUUACUUGGAUCCGCCGCAAGGUUUCGAAUAGCAAAAGCUACCAUUUGUUCUGAUCUGAUCCCGUCUACUGUACUGUUUAUGAUCUAGAGAGGCUCAUACUCACAAACUUCCCCGACACAUAAGUUCUCUAUAAUCCUCUCUCUGGACGGGACGAGUGAUCAUCAUGGCCGACGCUCUUGCCUCACAACUUAACAACACAACCCUAGGGGAAGCAAGCUCAGACGCAAGGUGGAAGGACCAACUAAAAGCCCCUGCAAAAGAUGCACGGCCGCAGACCGAGGAUGUGACUGCUACCAAAGGUCUUGAGUUUGAAGACUUCUACAUUAAACGCGAGCUUAUGAUGGGCAUUUUCGAAGCUGGUUUCGAAAAACCCUCCCCUAUUCAGGAAGAAACAAUACCAGUUGCUCUUACUGGCAGGGAUAUUUUGGCCCGAGCAAAGAAUGGCACUGGAAAGACAGCGGCUUUCGUCAUUCCUACAUUAGAACGCAUAAAUCCCAAAAGCACCAAAACUCAAGCACUCAUUCUUGUGCCAACCAGAGAGCUUGCACUUCAAACAUCUCAUGUUUGUAAAACUCUCGGGAAACAUCUGGGGAUCAAUGUGAUGGUCACCACUGGAGGAACUGGGUUGAUGGAUGACAUCAUUAGGUUGAACGACGCUGUGCAUAUCCUUGUUGGAACUCCAGGACGAGUCCUAGACUUGGCUAGUAAGGGUGUUGCUGAUCUUUCCGAAUGCCCUACAUUCGUCAUGGAUGAAGCCGACAAGUUACUGUCCCCUGAAUUCACUCCUGUAAUUGAGCAGUUAUUGUCGUUCCAUCCUAAAGACCGUCAGGUCAUGCUCUUCAGCGCAACUUUUCCAUUGAUCGUGAAGUCUUUCAAGGACAAACAUAUGCGCAACCCUUACGAGAUCAAUCUUAUGGAUGAACUUACUCUCCGGGGAAUCACUCAGUACUAUGCUUUCGUUGAGGAAAAGCAGAAAGUCCAUUGCCUUAAUACUCUCUUUUCCAAGCUACAAAUCAACCAAUCAAUCAUUUUCUGCAAUUCAACAAAUCGAGUCGAGCUUCUUGCAAAGAAGAUCACCGAAUUGGGCUAUUCCUGCUUCUAUUCACAUGCAAGGAUGCUGCAGCAACAUCGGAAUCGAGUCUUUCAUGAUUUCCGGAAUGGUGUAUGCCGCAAUCUUGUCUGCUCUGACUUGCUAACUAGAGGUAUCGACAUUCAAGCAGUGAAUGUUGUUAUCAACUUUGAUUUCCCCAAGAACGCUGAAACCUACCUCCAUCGAAUUGGCCGGUCUGGUCGGUUUGGUCAUUUGGGCCUAGCAAUCAAUCUCAUAAAUUGGGAUGAUCGUUUCAACCUAUAUAAGAUUGAGCAAGAGCUGGGAACCGAAAUACAGCCUAUUCCGCAAAAUAUCGACAAAAAGUUAUACGUAUAUGAAUCGCCAGAAACCAUUCCGCGCCCAAUUGCCAACUCUUCGCAAACACAGUUAGCAACGAAUGCAAACCUAACCCAAAAUCCUGGAGAACGUCGCCACAACAACCACUUGAAUGGGGGGCAUUAUCAGUAUGGUCGGACACGGGGUUCAUAUCGCGGAGGUCGUGGCCAAGGUCAGCGCCGCAAUAUCCAAAAUGAGAUGAACAAAUUUGGUGGCUCCCAAAAUCAACAGCAAAGUGGCAAGACUCAGCCUGCGCAGGUGUCAUAAGAUUAGCAGCAACUUGGUAAGAGCAUUGUUCGUUUUCCUACCUCAUUUUUCUGAUCUCUGUUUCUGUCUUUUUAUGUUGCUGCCAAUGAAUGCUCUUUAUCUUAAACGACCUUAGCCAUAUUGCCUGAUAAUCACAAUCAACCCU